AUGUCAGCACGAACACUACUCGACGGCGAGGGCAGCGCCGAGUCCUCGCGAAAACGUCAACGGCCGGCACCCACGAGCGAUGACAGCGAAGAAGAAAUUGCUUCACGCCGCAGUGCCAACCAGGCCAAGAAAGCCCGUGUGGCCACCGCUCGCCAUGCCACUCCAGCUGAUGACGACGACGCUGAUGGCGACGAUGGACGAGGUCCAGCAUCACCGGACUCGCCCCCCAAAACCCAGUACGAGUUGAUGCGCGACAACAACUUUGAGCACCUGCAAUACCAGGAUGUCGAUGACCAGCGAGCCACCCAGAGACUACGCUUCAAACCUACUAGGUUGGGAGACAACGUGGUGGCCGAUAACGGCAUCUUGCAAAGCAUCACAUGCAUCAACUUCAUGUGUCACACACGGCUACACUGUGAACUCGGCCCGCUUCUCAAUUUCAUCGUGGGUGAAAACGGAAGUGGAAAGAGCGCCAUCUUAACCGCCAUCACUCUUUGUCUCGGCGGCAAGGCCAGCUCAACCAAUCGCGGAGGAAGUCUCAAGAGCUUCGUCAAGGAGGGCACCGAAAAGUCUGUUUUGAUUGUCAAAAUCAAGAACGAAGGCCAAGAUGCAUACAGGCAUGACGUUUACGGCGAUUCCAUCAGUGUCGAACGUCACUUCUCCAAGUCCGGCAGCAGCAGCUUCAAGGUCAAGACGGCCACUGGCCAGAUCGUAUCUAACAAAAAGUCGGAGGUCGAGGAGAUCGUCGAGUACUACGCCCUGCAGGUGGACAACCCCUUGAACGUGCUUUCUCAAGAUAAUGCCCGUCAAUUCCUCAACUCGUCUACCAAGCAACAAAAGUACAAGUUCUUCAUCGAAGGUGUACAGCUGCAGCAACUGGACACUGACUACAGAAUACUCGCCGAGAAUCUGGAGACAUUGGAAUCCAAAGUUCCUGACCACGAGGAGCGCGUCAAAGCAGCAGCAGAGGACCUUAAACGAGCAAAGAGUUUCAAGGACGCUAUUGACGGAAAUCGAAAGCUGAGAGCCAAGAUGACUCAGCUUCGGGGCCAGAUGUGUUGGCUCCAAGUAGCCGAAAAAGAGGCCGCCUUGACAAACGCGAAUGAGAAGAUUGUCGACGUUGAGAAUAACAUCGCUAAAGCAGACCGUGCGAGAAAUGAAAAGCAAGUUCAAGUCGAUGGCGUUGACGAAAAGAUUCGGGAGUUUGAGCAGAGACUGGAGGAGGCUAUCCAGCGAAAAAACGAACUUCAAGAUCAGGUGGACGAGAAAAGGACGAAAGCUCAAGCAAUCAGGGAUGAGCUGGCACAAAUCCAAGCAGACGAACGGGCAGCCCACCAAAACUUGAGAAGCGCAACCACGGCAGUAAAGGACUUCGAAGAAAAGGUUGCGGCCGAAGAAAGACGCCUUGAGGAAGCCACGGGAGAGGCAAUUCUUUCCAAAAACCGGGAGCUUGAGCAGGCCAAGGGGCACGUCACAAAUAUUGAGAACGAUAUCUCCAACGCCAAGGAGCGAGAGAAAGAGCUGCUAAACCAAGUGGACGAAACCAAAAAAGCCCGGGACGCCAAAGCCGUUGAAUGCUCUAACAAGCGGGAUGAAAUUACCGUAGCGGAACAAGCGUUACGGACCUCGGAGAGGGAUCAAGGCUCUAUCUAUGCAGGUUAUGAGCGCAAAGUUCCUGAACUGCUACAGAUGAUUGAGAGAGAGACCCGGUUUCAGAACAAGCCAGUGGGGCCGCUCGGCGCUUAUGUCCAGCUCCUGAAGCCGGAGUGGUCUUCGAUCCUGGAAAAGACGUUUGGAAACAUCCUCAAUGCAUUCAUUGUCCAGAGCAUGGCCGAACAGAAAUUGCUUCAGAGCUUCAUGAACAGACUCGACAUCAGGGGGUGUCCGGUACUAAUCGGUAACCGCCAUCCACUCAACACAGAUGGUAAAGAACCCGACCCUUCUUUUGACACUAUUCUCCGGGUGUUGAAAAUCGACAACAUGUUGGUACGCGAUCAGUUGAUCAUCAAUCAAAUGAUUGAACAGGUCAUCUUGAUACCGGAGCGUACCAAAGCCGAGGAUGUCAUGUUCAGUGGUGCACGACCCCGAAACGUCAAAGCCUGCCUCAGUUUCCAUGAUCGAAAGAGGGACGAAGGACUCCGACUGGUUGUCAACGGCAGCGGAGGCUUCUCGACCUCUCCUGUGCAACCCCAACGUAACCGCCUCCCACGGAUGAAGGCAGAUGUCGGCUCGCGGGUUGCGUACCAAAAGGAGACUCUGCGACACCUGGAGCAAGAGUACAGCGUGCUUGACCGUGAACAUCGCCGGCUGCAACAAGAAGUUCAGAAGAUCACGAGCGAACUCACCAAGAUCCAGAGGGACAAAAAAGCCUUCGAUAGCAAACUACGGCAAGCUAGGGUUCAAGUUGAACAAGUGCAGUAUGAACUUGAUACAUAUGAAGGCGGCGAUAAUCACCUCAGAGGCUUGAAGGCUGAAUUGGCUGAGGCCAAAGAGAAGCUGGAGGCUUGUGGGCUUCAGUACGGCAACCUUCGAUUAAGGAAGGACGAGAAGAACCGCCUAUCAUUGGAAGCCCAGGGUCAACUCACCGAAAUCAAGACCGAAUUCGAGAAACGUGAAAAGGAGGCAAACAAACUGCAGGCAAGGAAGACCCAGCUGGAAGAAGUGCGGAAGAUCAACCUCACAGAGCUCAAUGAAGCUCAUUCCUCCUUUGAUUUAUUCAAAGAGGAAAGGAAGCUCCUUGAGACCGAACGUGAGACAGCUGUCGCAGCAGUCGUCAGUAUCACAAAACAAGUCGUUGAACUAUUGGAGUGUGAAGACCGGGUCCACGUUGACCCAACCGUCAAGUACGAGCACCUGGAAAAGCAGUACGAGAAAAUUCAGGAACAACUGGAGAAAGAGCGACGCAGCAGAGGCAUGAGCGAUGAGGAAGUUCUGGCGAACCUUGCAAGGGCGAAGGAGACUUAUGACGAAGCCAAGAAAACCCUCGAAAGCUCCAAGACGCUCAACUCUGGUAUUCGUCGGACGCUGACCCUCCGUCUCGAGAAGUGGCGCAAGUUCCAGCGAUACAUCUCGUCGCAAAGCCGAGCGAACUUCAUCUAUCUCCUCAGCGAGCGCGGCUUCAGAGGCAAGUUGCUGCUGGACCACGCGAAAAAGGCACUGGAUCUGGUCGUCGAGCCCGACAAGACGGAGAAGCGGGCAGCCGGCAGAAACACAAAGACACUAUCUGGCGGCGAGAAGUCUUUCUCGUCGAUCUGCCUGCUGCUGAGUAUCUGGGAGGCCAUGGGUAGCCCGCUCAGAUGCUUGGACGAGUUCGACGUGUUCAUGGACAAUGUCAACCGUGCGAUCAGCACAAACAUGCUUAUUACUGCCGCUCGUCGAUCCGUAAAUCGGCAGUACAUCUUUAUCACGCCGAAUGCCAUCGAGGGACGGAACACCCUCGACAAGGACGUCAAGAUUAUUCGUAAUAAUGUUACGGGUGCAAAUGGCGCAGCUAUGGGAAGCCCUUAUGGCUUCCAGGUGGGCGUCGGUCUUGAUGCCAUUGGCGAAGCAGCCCGCCCUGAGCAACGGUCCCUGCUCCAGGCGGCAGCGCAUGCACGGUAG